AGCUGCGCCUGUCGGCUGCGAAUGUAAUUCCCCGGCUAGCUAGGGUUUUCUGGGUCACUGGCGCCCGCCAUCACUGGUGCUGGUGGAGCACCGUGGUGCUCCUUGACCUCCAGCUCCGCAGAUCCUACCCCAGCUGCACAGAGCGCCAGGCUCUGAUGCUGGUCUCAGGUAGGAGGUUGCUCACUGCUCUGCUGCAGGCUCGGAAAGGGCCCUUUCAACCCUCCAGAGACAUGAGAUUGGUGCAGUUUCAGGCACCCCACCUGGUGGGGCCUCACCUGGGAUUGGAGUCAGGGAACGGUGAGGGGAUCAUUGACCUCAACACCUAUGACCCUACACUCCCCAAGACAAUGAUACAAUUCCUGGAAGAGGGAGAGGCCACCCUGUCAGUGGCAAGAAGGGCCCAGGCUGCUCAGCUGCCAGUCCUCCCAUGGUCAGAGGUGACCUUGCUGGCCCCUGUCACGAGGCCAGACAAAGUGGUGUGUGUGGGCAUGAAUUAUGUGGACCACUGCAAAGAACAGAAUGUGCCCGUGCCCAAGGAGCCCAUCAUCUUCAGCAAGUUUUCCAGCUCCAUUGUGGGGCCCUACGAUGAGAUUGUCCUCCCACCAAAUAGCAAGGAAGUUGACUGGGAGGUGGAGUUAGCUGUGGUCAUUGGAAAGAAAGGCAAACACAUCAAGGCUACAGAUGCCCUGGCUUAUGUGGCUGGCUUCACUGUGGCUCAUGACGUGAGCGCUCGAGACUGGCAAAUGAGACGCAAUGGGAGGCAAUGGCUGCUGGGAAAAACCUUCGACACUUUCUGCCCCCUGGGCCCUGCAUUGGUUACUAGGGACAGCAUAGCAGAUCCACACAACUUAAAGAUCUACUGCCGAGUGAAUGGGCAGGUGGUCCAGAACAGCAACACCAACCAGAUGGUGUUUAAGACCGAAGAGCUGAUAGCCUGGGUCUCCCGGUCUCUGAAGGUCCAGAUAGCACUGAUGGCGAGGUUUGGGUCUGCACACUCUGGAGGAAAGAGAAGUGAAGGGAGCCACUGAAUACAGCUUUUCUCUUCCUUCUUGUUUAAAGAAGGAACAACCCAGGGACAGGGCUCAGAUGGGACCCAAGGCUGACGGCACACUAGCUUUCCUCUCUGAAGUUUGGCAGCCACUGCCAGCAGAGGGCAGCAGCCAUUAGCAAACCCUCCCACCUCUAGGAGCCUGGGCAUGCUCACCAAAGAUCCCUUCUUCCUGGGCGGUGGCCUGCAAGAACUGGAGCAGCUGCUCCAUGUAGCCUGACUCUGCAGAAGAAGGAAGACCUAAACGCAGGCCUUAUACAAGCAGAGAGAGUCCUACCCUGAGCACUGCAAGGGAAGUAGGGCCUCACCAGUAUCAGGCAGCUGUCCCUGGUGGAGGAAGGCAGCAGCCUGUGCAAAGGUCUUGAGCAGUGGGCUAAGCAGGCGGCAGAGGAAGAGGAAGAAAUCAGGACAGCGU